AUGCAUGCGCUCGCAUUGGAGCUGACAUGCAUAUUUUUCCUGGCCAUCGGACACGCUAGACCUCACUCGGGCUCCGGGCAAACGACACUUCGCUCUACGACUGUUUCUUCGGAACUCAUAACAAGUACGAAUGAUACCACGACCCUGAGUGCUACCGUCGGUGCACCGGCGAUUGUCACUUUGGACUAUGGCCAUUCUGUGGAGGGCAUACCGACCUUCGAGGUCGUGAGCAUUGAAGGCGACACGUCUGUUUUCGAGAUUACCUAUGCUGAAUCGCUAGCUGCAUUCAACACGUAUAUGAGCGAUGGGCCUCUUCCGCUGGCAGCCGCGAUGGAUACAUAUCGAGUCAAUCGCUACAAUGUGACAGGGCCAGGAACUAUGUCAAAUCGUCUGAUCCAAGGCGCCUUCAGAUAUCAGCGACUCAAUCUUUCUUCCCCGGGAGUUCUUACACUCCGAAAUGUCGGUGCUCAUCCAACGCUUCACACGACACCCCUUACAGACUUGCCCGGCUGCUUCGAAAGCUCCGACGACACAUUGAAUCAAAUUUGGGCAGUCGGCGCACGAACAAUCCAGAUGACAGAGGUACCCAAGAACAACCUGCCUGAUUUCUUGGAAGUCACCGCAGACGGUGCUUUGGCCGAGAGUGUGGCACCUCAAGUCCUUGGAAGCGCGGUCGCCGCUCAGCUGUUGCAAUACGAUCUGACCUUUCAGGUCAAGCCUCUGGUGGGAGGUUUUGGGUUCACUGUGCUUUCCGAUACCCAGAAUUCGGGUAUCUACAUAUCAUGCGACUUGAAGAACGGUAAGAUUGAGGCAUAUACUGGGUCGACUCAGGAGAACGAACAACUGCAAUCAUUCAAUCUACCAUCCAACCUCACGAUUGCUAUGGAGUCAUGGCACACCGUCCAGGCGAAAGUGGCAAUCACAGAUAUCAAAGUGACUAUUGAUGGCUGCGAUGUUUUGACCAUGUCCCAGACGGCACGAGUUUUUGGCUCUUUUGGCAUUGGCGCAUCAUUUGGCCACCGAGCAGUCUUUCGAAAUCUGUCCGCCCACAAUACAGACGGCACGGAGAUUUAUUCGCAUCCAUUGACCGAUACAUCUUUCUUGCCCGAUUUCUUUAUGGGCACAAAUCCAGCAGCCGCUAUGGUGGACGGCUCUCGAAGAGAUCGAAUUGCCUACACAGGCGAUCUUGACAUAGCUGGCGGAGCAGCGCUGGUCAGCACUCAUGGGCUCGAGUACAUCAUGGGAACUUUAGAUUUGUUCGGCUCCUACCAAGCAGCCCCCGGAUUUUUCAUCCCCACGGCGAAGAUUCAACAAGCCCCUCUGGAACAGAAACUAGAUGUCAACAUCACUGGAUUGAUCGGCUAUUCUUUCAACUUGCUCACUGCCGUGGCAUCGACUUACAUGCACACUGGUAAUGUCACCUUCGCGCAAUUUUGGGCACCCAAAAUCCAGGCCAUGCUUGACUGGGCCAAUUCUCAGACUCUCGACAACGGACUUUUCAACCUGUCAGAUCCUUCCUUCGGCGGCGAUUGGAAUUACUAUGACCCCACCCAGAGCGUUGUCGUGACCAAAUUCAACGUUAUCUACGCCUACGCGUUGCAGGAGUGUCUCACGAUCUUGGCUGACGGCGGCAUCGACAACGCAGUUUAUCAAGAGAGACUCGCAGGGCUUCGCAAAGCCAUCGACACCCAGCUUUGGAGUGACGAGCUCGGUGCGUAUUUCUUGUCGGAGAACAUGACAACCGGGUUUGGCCAGGACUCUAACGCUAUCGCCAUACUUGCCGGCGUCAACCUUGCCGCCAACCACUCAUCCCAGGCUAUUCUGUCCACGCUAUCAGCCGAAUUGAUGCAGCCAGCUGGGCCCCUUGCAUUCUCAAGCGACGUUAUUGCAUCUGGGUUUCGGCCGUAUAUCAGUCCGUUCGCAUCUGCCUAUCACCUUCGCGCGGCGUUGGCAUCCAACAACAGCGAUGCCGCUGUGGAGCUGCUCAACAAGUUAUGGGCGCCCAUGGCUGACAGCACGAACGCAAACUACACUGGCUGUUUCUGGGAGACUCUUGACCAGGCCGGCCAUCCUGGACUCGGAAUCACGACAAGCCUGUGUCACGGAUGGGCUGCCGGACCGUCAGCGGAACUUACCAAGUACGUUCUUGGUGCUACACCGACCAAGCCUGGCUGGGCAGAAUUUCAAGUCACCCCCCUGACCCUAGGCCUUCGUUCAGCUAAAGGCAAGAUUCCCCUUAUUGAUGGAAUGGUGGAAGUUGAAUGGGCUUUUGAUAGCAAAGGUCUACUAACUAUGACCGUUGACGCACCUCUGGGAACGACUGGUACUGUCAAUCUCCCAAGUCCCAUGUUGAUCCUAGCCAAAGACUCGGGGUUGACAAUCAAUGGUUUCAUACAGGAAGGUGAAUCAUUCGAAGUGGUGGGUGGAACGUCACUCACUUUGGUUCAAACUAUGACUUCCUGA